UUUAUUUUAUACUAAAAAUAUAUAUUUUAUUUUGAAAUGUUUUCUUUAUCUCACAAUAAGUAAAAACAAACAACUAUAUAUAAAUGAAACUCUUGAAAGUAAGUCCAUUCAUUAAAAUGAGAUUAUUUGCGUCUUCAUAAAGUUUAAAUCGUUUUUGUGUAGUAAUCAUCAUUUUAUAAUAAUUUUAAUACAAUUUAACGAAAUUUGAAUGAAAAAGAGAAAAAAAAUUAAGAUAAUUUUUUGUUAAAAAAACAGUUCUUAGCGAAGAAAAUGACUAAAUUUUUUUUAUUAAAAAGUAAAAAAUAUGUUAUAUCCUAGAUUAACUGAUAUAAAUUUAUGUUUUAGAGUUUAAUGGUAAAAUUUUAAGGAUAUAAUUUAAAAAAAAAAAAAAUAGAAAAUAAAUAUUAAAUUUUUCAAAGUAAAAAUUAUUGUUUUUCUUAUUAAAAAGUUAUUUUUGUGACAAAAUUUUAAUUGGAUAUCUUAAAGAAUUGUCCAUGAAAAAAAGGGAAAACAAUAAUAUCUGUGAAUAUUGUUGGCUGCGACAAGAACUCCCGCUGCUUCGUACCCUUUUUGAAAACCCUAAAGGGACUCCAAAACUUCAUUCUCUAAUUUUUCCCACCUCUUCUCUAAAGUCUAAACCCAAUCUUCCCGCCUCUCCUUCCUUCCUCUACAAUAACAAUAACCCUCACUUUCCCCCCUAAUCUUCAAUCAAAGCCCCUCACAAAUCUCAAGAUCCAUGAAGGGACUCUCUACAUCGCCUGUUCGAAGAAACGACGGCUUCCACCGCUACUUGAAGCCAGGCGCUCUCGCUCAGAUCCGUAACACUAGGCUCAACACCAGAUCCAACUCCUCCUUAGCUCUUUCCCUCCCCAGCAGAGUCGACCCGCCAGACGCGACGCCGACGACGAUGGACCAGAUGCCUGAUCUCCUGAGCAAGAUAUACGGUGGUCCGUUUCGCAUCGGUAGGAAGAAACUUGGUCCUGCUAGAUCUGUGUUGAGGACGAUGUUGGAUUUAAACCCUCCUUCUCCGAACUCCACGCUUGAAUCCACUAGUAAUGGUAAUAACAACGUUUUAAGUAUCGUCGAUGUUUUAGUUGCUCAUUGAAUGAUGUAACCCUAUUGUUUUUGUAUCAAUAAUUACUUUUGUAAGUUAGUAUUACGCUUGUGGAAAGAUCUUCAAUUCUCAUCGAGACUUUGUUAAUUGAAUGUGUUGAUUCAUUAUAUGAUUGCCCAAUUUGGCUUUUA